AUAUAGACUCUUCAACUCAGCUAAAGAAACCUCAAGAGAGUAUUUUCUCGAGAAAAUACUCAAAUUUUCCCAGGAAAGAAAGCCAUGUUAUCGAUCUUCCAAGUUACCCUUUUCGGCUUCAUAAUCAUUCACGCUUUCGCGAUGAUUAUAUUGCUCGAGCAGAGUGGCUGUAACUUCCCGGCUCUUUUCUCCGGUCUCACAUCAGAUUCCGAGGUGAAUCAAUCUAAUGCUGAUUUCUCAUACAUUAGGGAUGGAGAAUUCAAGCUGAGAUAUGAAGAGAUGGAGCGCAACUUUAAGGUCUUCGUGUAUCCGAAGAAAAAUUUUCACACUCCUUCAGAAUUCACCGGGCCAUAUGCGAGUGAGGCAUUCUUCUUCAAGAAUCUGGAAGAGAGUUGGCUUCGAACCGAUAAUGCUGGGGAGGCCAACAUGUUUUUCAUUCCCAUUUCUGUUCAAGAUAUGAGUUCUAAGGGGUUCACUCUUUAUAGAAUGAGAAAUUACAUAAUGAGAUGUAUCCAAACAAUUAGUUCAGAAUUCCCUUACUGGAACAGAAGCUUUGGGCUUGAUCACUUUUUCGUGAGUUGCCAUGAGAUGGGGUUGAAUGUUACCAAGGCGGUUCCACUUCUUGUGAAGAAUGCAAUUCGAGUUGUAUGUUUUCCCAAAAAGAAUGAGGGGUAUGUUAAAGGGAAGGAUUUGACCCUCCCUCAAGUGCUGCUGCCAUUUAUAGAUCAAGCUGCCGGCACUAAUACAAAGAUGAGAACUAGGCUAGCUCUCUUGGCAGGGAUGAUUAACCGAAGAGUGGAUCGUGACUAUUUCAACAUCAUGAACUCCAAUCCUCUAAAAGAAGCAAAAGAAAAUGCACUAUGGACACCGAAUUACUAUACCGCUAAGUUCUGUAUGUGCCCUGGUGGAUCUCAAGUGGAUAAUGCAAGGAUUGCAGAUGCCAUUCACUAUGGAUGUGUUCCGGGUUCAGAAGCACUUCCAGUGGAACUCACCUCCCACACGAUAUGAUGCAUUCCAUUUUAUCAUGUUACAACUCUUUGAGCGCUACCUGUAUGUAUCCAUCUGUACACCAGGUUUUUCCUGGACUUAGAUUCUUUUUGAAGCUUAAAGACAAAUGACUUCAUCUUCAUCUUCUUGUAGUAACUAGAAUCAGCAUGUAUUUCAUUAUGGACUUCUUGUUUCUCAAAGUGAUCAUUAGAACGAAAAGCUAAGUUUCCUCUAGAUAGAUAGUUUGGUUAAAAGGCAAGCUCUUAACAGUUUGAUAUUCAUAUGGUUCAGGAAAAGAAGCCAUGUUUUUCAAUUAACUAAAGAAUUGGCAAAGCAUCAGACAACUGGUGAGAAGAUUAUGUUCAGUUUUUAUAUGUUUGGAACAUGGUUAAUUUUACACUGAAAAUAUUUCUUUUUGGAUGGUUCAAGUAAGGCCUAUGCCGAAGAUAAUUAGCAGUGUUUGUUGUGCAAUAAUUUCUCCCUUCUUCUAUUAUGCCAAGAGAUUUGGAAACAAGGAAUAGGAACCCUUUUGUUUUUUCCUCACUGACUUUCAAUAUAUCAAUCACGUCUUCCCUCUUGUUUGCUUUAUGAAAUCUGCUAUCUUAUUUUCUAAGGGUGUGAUUUCUUUGGAACGGGUUAUUACAUCAGAUAAAGUUAAGUUCUGUAACCUUCAGUAUGAAAUCUGAGAUGUGGAUGCUUUAUUUUUGAGGAAAACUAACCCAGUAGUCAAUGACAGUUUUGAUAUUUUGAUGAAUAAAUAAAAGAUGCAAUGAAUU